CUUGCAUAAUUUCAGGGCUUGGCCUGAGAUGGGUGAGUUGGGGGCUUCUCAGUUUUCCGUUACUGCCUGGCUGUAGAAUACAGCAGAAUCAUGAAGCUACAAAUCAGUGGUUCCUCCCUGCUGUAAGGGGAGACAUUCCUCCAGGCUGUGCAGCCCAUGGAUUUGUUUGUGAUGGUACCAGGAUACUAGUUUUUGGAGGAAUGGUUGAAUAUGGAAGAUACAGUAAUGACUUAUAUGAAUUGCAGGCAAGUCGAUGGCUCUGGAAAAAAGUAAAACCUCAAGCUCCUUCUACUGGAUCACCACCUUGUCCUAGACUUGGCCACAGCUUUUCUUUGUAUGGUAACAAGUGCUAUUUAUUUGGUGGCCUGGCAAAUGAAAGUGAGGAUUCAAAUAAUAAUGUUCCCAGAUAUUUAAAUGAUUUCUAUGAACUGGAGCUGCAACAUGGUUCUGGAGUCGUAGGCUGGAGUAUUCCUGUGACCAAAGGGAUCUUGCCAUCUCCCCGAGAAUCUCACACAGCCAUCGUAUACUGCAGAAAAGAUUUGGGAAGUCCAAAGAUGUAUAUUUUUGGAGGGAUGUGUGGCUGUAGGCUUAAUGAUCUUUGGGAGCUUGACAUAGAAACCAUGACCUGGUCAAGACCAGAAACUAAGGGGACAGUACCGCUUCCUCGCAGCCUCCAUACGGCCAAUGUAAUAGGAAACAAAAUGUAUGUUUUUGGUGGAUGGGUUCCACAGUCAACAGGAGGUGAAAUUUCUGCUCCUGAUGGUGAAUGGAAAUGUACCGGUUCAUUUUCUUACCUAAAUUUGGAUACCACAGAAUGGAUAGGUCUGAUCUCAGAUUGCCAGGAAGACAAAGGUAACUUGCUGCCAGGGCCAAGAGCAGGACACUGUGCUGUAGCUGUGGGCACCCGUCUGUAUAUCUGGAGUGGUAGAGAUGGUUACAGAAAAGCUUGGAACAAUCAAGUUUGCUGCAAAGAUCUUUGGUACCUUGAUACUGAGAAACCUCCAGCACCGUCACAGGUACAGCUGAUUAGAGCUACAACCAACUCUUUUCAAGUGAAAUGGGAUGAAGUACCUACAGUUGAAGGGUAUCUACUUCAACUACAUUCUGACUCACCAGUGCCACCAGUGGCUGGGACACCUGGAACUGCAGUUCCUGAGACAUCGGUGCUCAGUUCACAAGGUGGCUCUUCUCUACAUCAGAGUCCGCAAUCCUUGACUAGCAUCCCUUAUCCAGAAAUGAAGGCGGAUCAUCCCAGCCAAACAAAUAGUGUCAUUCCUAAUAACGUCCAAGUCUCCCUUUCAUCCAACUCAUUAUUAAAAAUAGAAGGAAAAGAAAAGAUUGCAGCACCUGAAAACAAGAUUACACAAGAGGCUAUGAAAAGCCAUGCAGAUGCUACAGGAUUCAAAGAAUCAAAUGCCCCUUCUCUUUUGCCCGUUUGUACUUCAAGUCCUCAGACUUCAGCAAAUGUAGGUGAAUUACAUGACUUGGACAAACGAACUGUAAAUCCUGAUGCUUCUGUAUCCAGUACUGUCUCCAGCACACAAACUAUGGUAACCCAGCAGGCUGUUAAAACUGAAUCAUCAAGUACAAAUGGGGCAGUUGUUAAAGAUGAAACUUCACUAACAACAUUCAAUUCAAAAUCUGAAGCUGCUGAAACUGCUUUUGUCAUGCCUUCGACAAGGGUUAAUACUGGACAGACGAAUGAUAUGCACUCUUCUAAAACUCCACUAAGACAGAUGGCAACGGGGAAAACAAGGGAACGACAGUGGUAUGAUGUUGGAAUUUUUAAAAGCAACACUGCUGUGGUGAGCCAGUUCUACUUGUUGCCAGAGGAAACACUGAGCAUUUCUAACAAGAUGGAAAAUGCAGACGUUCCAGACUAUAGAUUACUUAAGAAACAGGAUCUUUUUCCAGGCACCGUGUACAGGUUCAGAGUUGCUGCAAUAAAUGGCUGUGGUGUCGGCCCUUUCAGUAAAGUCAGUGAAUUCAAGACUUGCAUUCCUGGUUUUCCUGGAGCUCCUUCAACAGUCAAAAUCACUAAGAGUGUGGACUGUAUUCAUCUUUCUUGGGAGCCUCCUGCUUCACCUUCUGGAAAUAUUUUAGAAUAUUCUGCUUACUUAGCAAUCCGUUCAACACAAUUACAGGAAAAUCCAAAUCAGCUAGUAUUUAUGAGAAUAUACUGUGGUCUUAAAACGUCUUGUAUAGUGACUGCUGCCCAGCUUUCAAACGCUCAUGUUGAUUACACUUCCCGGCCUGCUAUAGUGUUCAGGAUUUCUGCAAAGAAUGAGAGAGGAUAUGGACCGGCCACACAAGUUCGAUGGCUUCAAGAUAUGAAAACAUCAAGCUCAAAGUAGAAAGAACAUACUAAGUUUCAAGUUUUGAAUGUAGUGUUUGAUGUAACUCUUGUACUAUUUGUAAAUGCUACAAAUAUUUUAUUUUUGCAUUGUUUUUAUCUUAAAAAUAUAUAACCUUUUUUACGUUUGAAACAUCAGCGUUAUACAGCCUUGCUCAGGUAUAACUACCAUAUAGAAUUAAUUGUAUUGAAGAUGGUGGGAUGGAAGACCAUACCCUAUCCAGUAACUAUCACUAUCAGAAAAGGCUAAAAUUUGCUACUUUCAAAUUUGGGGGGGGGAGGCUUAUGCAGCAGUAUUUGAUGUAGAGUCCCUAUGAUUGUUCCAGAUCUUGCACGGAUAAUCUAUAAAGAUUGGGUAUAUGAGCAAGUUCUGGUUGGUUGCAGUUUCUUACACCACGUUCUUCACUGUGGUGUCUGAGUACAAGGCAAAAAUUUCCAGUUAUUAUAUAGUAACUUAAAAUGUAUAAAUAUUUUAAUAUAUACUUUUUUGUAAAGAAAUGAUUUUUCUACUAUUUGUAACAAAUAUCUUGAAAGAUAUCUCCUGAAGAUUUAAAAAGAAAAAGAUAAACUUAGUCAUUUCUCUUAUUACAAAAAAUUUAAGUUCAUUGUAAAUGCACUACUAAUAAUAGGAUUAUCCUUUUGUAGUUGUACAAAUCUAAAACUUGUAAAUACCAAUGUUUACAAGAGACCUUUCUGGUCUUGUAUUAAAACUUCCAUGAGAUUCAUUAUCUCUCUUUUUUUUUUUUCUUUUUUAAUCCAUAUGCUUUGCUUUUAGCAUAUGCUUGCUUUUUGCACUAAUAAUAACUUACCUCAUUCCUGUGUUUGUAAUCACUUGUGUUGCUUCCAUAAUGUUUCUGUAAAACUUCAAUCUGAAAAUUUUAACCAAAGUUUAAAAUACUUGGUAAGCAAUUUUGCACAUAUUGUAUGGCAACUUUUAACAUAUUUAUUCCAGUUAAUCUUCUUAAGUGCUUGUUUGCUUUACCAGUAUAUUCUACCAAUCAAGUUCAGUAUCUCCCUUUUACUAUGCAUCGUUUUACAUUAACUAGCUAGCCGAUGAAUUCAGAAAGCAUUACUUCUAGGAAUAGGUUGAUCCAUUCCUGUGCUAAAAGAAAAACUUGUUCACAGUAGUGAAAUCAAGGUAAACAUUUUAAUUCUAUUUAUGUAUCUAUCUAUAAUUAUAUGUUUACCAAAGUGUAGAGGAAAAUGGCUGAGUUGGACAAGGUCACUAGGUGAAUAGAUAGAGGCACCUAAAUAAGUUUUAUUUUAAAAUAAAAUCUAAAUUACUUUCCCGUGCAAUGAAGUUUAUACUUUGCACUUUAAUUUUGCCCUGAAUGCCAAAAGACUAUAAAUCAAGGUAGAAUUGCUUGCCUCUGCCAGUUAAAUUUGUCUUAAGAACAUUUGUAAAUAAACUGAAAGAACUGAUGUGCCUGUUUUAGUGGGAGAAGUAGCACUAAAAUAUUAGAGGAGAUUUGACAGCUCAAGUGUCCCAGAGCAGAUUUUAUAGCCAAGUGUUUUAGUUACCCUGAAAGCCAGGGUUAUAAUGGAAUUGCUGAUACAGCCUUAAUUAUUGUUGCAACACAUCAUGCUCUGUAAUAGCAUGUAGAAAGUGCUGGGGACCAUAGAUUGCUGUAAUAGUGUUAACUGCAGCACAGGAGUAAUACACGUGGUUUUACUCCUGGGAAAAAUCUUAUGUUUAUGACAAUGACAGAUACCACAGAUUCACUUUAAACAGUGUUUAUAGUAUGAAUGUAUAGAACUUUUCCUGAAAUUAACUGACUUUGAAAUAUUUGUGUUUUAAUGGUCCAUCUCAUCAGGUAUGAUCUUGCUACCAAUAAUGUCUGGUAACUAAAAUACCGUACACAUGAGCUGUAACUAGAAAAAUAUAACUUGGUUUUUCUUAUUAGUACUGUGAAAGAAGCCUUUAGAGAAGACACUUGUGGCUUUGAUUUUAUUGGUUGAUAGCCGUGAUUGUAGAGCUGUUAUUUAAGAAUAAAAUCUGGUGGGUAUGUCUGGGUGGAGUUUUUUUGCACUUAGUUUCACAUGCUUUGCACAAUUUCUUUUUCAAUGGGUAUGUCACAACUACCAAAGGGUAAAACUGUGGCGUUUUCAAUGAAAGUAUAACUUCCUUGUAAGCGUUCCCUUCUCCAGCUGACUUUACAUACGGUGUCACUUUCUCUUCUCUUUGUCCAAGUUGGGUGAUGUUGAAUAGUGAACAUAUGCAAAUCUUCUUCAGUUCCUCACAGUUCUACUUUAAAAUGAAAUUGUGGUACACACUGUAAAAUAUACAUUGUGGUCUGUUUUUAGAGCUGUAUUUAUAACAUGUCUGAAUCCCACCUAACUCCAUUUGCCUAUCAACUAGAUCUCAGACAAAUAUGGAUUGUUUGAUUUUUAAUUUUUUUUGGAAGACUGUUGACAUCAGCUCUCUGAGAAUCUGUGUUAUCCAUUUGUUUCAUAUGUCGUUAAAAGACAUAACAGAAACUGAAGUCUAUUCUAUUACAAUAUCCGUAUUGUAGAAACGUCUAGGUUUACUAAAGUUGUUAUGGAAGUUGUGACUGUGUAAGUAUAGAGCAGUCAUGCUAGUUGAGGCAGACAUUGCUACAACUUCACCUUAAGAAUGUUCUUGUGAAAGUGGAAAUGAAGUGAACAAUAACCUACGCUUUGUGUUUUCCAAGUAAUUAUAGCAAUAUCUUUUGAAUGUAGUUUGGAGUAGAGCACAUGACGAUCAUGCCAUAAACUCUGAAAAUAUAGUAAGUAUUACUGUUGUUAUCUGAUAUUUCAGGAUAGCGAAUUUGACGUGAACUUAGUCUUACAGCCUGUUACUUUAAUGACCUCUACAAGAGAACUGACAUUUUGUACAAUUAAAGUUGAUUGGUCUUAUUUCAGAGCAUUGUUUGUUCUUUGUAAUAAAGUGGUUGUCCUA